AGCCGCCUCGUCGUUAAAGCCGGAGUGGUUCUCCUGUCCCCAAGCUUUCCUCCUCCGCCCAUUUCCUCUUUCUGCUUCUUUCUCGCGGUGUUAGUCCGUGCGAUUCUUCUUCGGCUACUCGAUUGGCCGCUUGUGGUUUUCCCUUCUCGCAGGAUGGCUUCGAUAUGAAAUCUUUUGGUUGUGGAGGUAGAGAUUAGUUGAGGAUCUUCCCGUUGGGGUUACAGGGCAGAUUUUGGGCCGAGGAUUUGAGUUAUACUGGUGUGCCAUAAAAGAGAUUUGUGCUUUAGGAGUGUAAAGUUUCUGUGAGUGCUAGCUAGAUCUGUUAGUGUUCCCUGCUGCAGAUCUGUGUUUGGGCGGAGAAACGGUGUAGGAGGCGCCUUUUCUUGUGCAACGUUAGCGGUGAAUUCGGAGGCGGCGAAAAAGAGGUGCCUUUAUUGCAUCCAGCGUUGAAGGACCAAGCUACAUCCGUUUCAAGAAAAAACAAGGUGAAGAAGGGGUGCCUUUCGAGCUUCUAGGUUUCCGUUUCACGAUGUACGAAAACGUCAAGGCAUCGCGGGGCCAGAAUAGGGGUCAGAUGCUAUUGUAGGCAACUGCUCGCAUAUUUUAGGUGGUAACCGAGGUUUCGUUGGAUUUUUGCUAGGGGUUUGUGGGAGACUGGAAGUACUGGAGCUGCGAUCAGCCGGGAUUCUGUGUGUACUUAAGUCGCCCUUCAACUUUGAAGUGCGAAACGGAACUGCUGCGCCUGUUUUCCUUUCUGAAGAGAAAUUCUAAACUGGUUUCAUGGCUUUGCCGCCAUCAAAUAGUUCAUCCGCUGUACUUGGAUCAGGUACUUAUGGCGAUGUCUUGUACCCAGAACUUUGGAAAGCAUGUGCAGGACCAUUAGUCACUCUACCCCGUGAAGGUGAAAGGGUUUAUUACUUUCCACAAGGCCACAUGGAGCAGCUUGAAGCAUCGACAAAUCAAGGGCAUGAUCAACAGAUGCCCUUGUUUGAUCUGCCAUCAAAGAUCCUAUGCAAAGUAGUCCAUGUGCAGCUUCAGGCCGAAGCAGAUACAGAUGAAGUUUUUGCUCAGAUAACAUUGCUACCUGAAGCUGAUCAAAGCGAGGUUACUUGUCCAGAUCCACAACUACAAGAACCUGAAAGGUGCAAUGUCCGCUCAUUUUGUAAGGUUCUGACUGCAUCAGACACAAGUACACACGGUGGUUUCUCAGUUCUAAAGAGGCAUGCAGAUGAGUGUCUGCCUCUGCUGGAUAUGUCCCAGAACCCACCUUGGCAAGAAUUGGUUGCUAAAGAUCUUCAUGGAAAUGAUUGGCAUUUCCGUCACAUUUUUCGAGGGCAACCUAGGCGCCAUCUUCUCACAACUGGUUGGAGUGUUUUCGUGAGCUCAAAAAGAUUGGUAGCUGGUGAUGCAUUUAUAUUCUUAAGAGGUGAGAAUGAUGAACUUCGAGUCGGUGUGAGACGGCUCAUGAGACAAAUAAAUAACUUGCCGUCAUCUGUCAUAUCCAGUCAUAGUAUGCAUGUUGGAGUAUUGGCUACUGCAUCUCAUGCUAUUACUAGUGGGACUCUGUUUUCUGUUUUUUACAAGCCAAGAACAAGCCGAUCAGAGUUCAUCGUAAGUGUAAACAAAUAUCUUGAAGCCAAAAAUAACAAAUUUUCUGUUGGGAUGAGAUUUAAGAUGAGUUUUGAGGGUGAUGAAGCUCCAGAAAGGAGGUUUAGUGGAACUAUCAUUGGUGUAGAUAAACCGUCAUCAUGUCGAUGGACAGAUUCAGAAUGGAGAUCCCUAAAGGUUCAAUGGGAUGAACCUUCAUCUAUUCCAAAGCCAGAUAGAGUUUCACCAUGGGAAUUGGAACCACUUCUUACAACUACUCCGACAUCUCAACUGGUGGUCAGAAACAAACGACCCCGAUUGCCGGCUUCAUCUGUUCUUACAACUGAUGCUACUCCAACAUUUGGGUCGCACAGAGGAAAAGAGAUAUAUGCACCUUCCUGUCAAUCACCUUUGUUCACAUUGACAACAAAGCCUGGGUCAAUUGUGCUGAAUGCAAACAAUGGGCCAUCAGCUGGUAACAGCCCCAUGUACUGGACGAAGAUACAAAAUCAAAUUGAUUCCUGUCUGACAGGUAUUAAUGAUGGACAAAGUGAAAAAAAGAUGGAAAGUAGUUCAGGCUGUAGGCUGUUUGGGGUCCAGCUAGUUGAGAGCUGGGGAGCCGAAGAAAUCUCUGUACCCACUGCCUUCUCUUGUCUGAGAGAGGAACAGCCUGUGACAUCUUUGGAUGUUGAUUCAGAUCAACAAUCUCAACCAUCCAACUUUAACCAGUCUGAGACAAAUGCACUCAGCAGUGAGCUUGAGAAGCCAUGCGUGAGGUUAAUUCAAGAAUCUCAAAAUCGACAAUUAAGAAGCUGCACUAAGGUUCACAUGCAAGGAAUGGCAGUUGGGAGAGCAGUAGAUUUGACUAGAUUAUAUGGAUAUGAUGAUCUUCUUCUGAAGCUGGAAGAGAUGUUCAAUAUUAAGGGAGAGCUCUCCAGCCAAAUAAAGAAGUGGGAGGUUGUCUACACUGACGAUGAAGAUGACAUGAUGAUGGUUGGCGAUGAUCCGUGGCAUGAGUUCUGCAGCAUGGUCAGAAAAAUAAAUAUUUACUCGUGCGAGGAGGCCAAAAGGUUGACCCCCAAGUCAAGGCUUCCUGCUAUAAGCGAGGUGAUUAAGCCUGCAUCCAAGAACUCCUUGCUGGACUCAGAAACCACUGAUAACAAGCUGGAAGAUCAAAUGCCGGCUUCUCACUAGGAUCACUGGCUUUUGUCCUGCCAGUUCAUGAAAUUUUCUGUUUUAAUCAUCGAGGCUAGUGCAAGCAAAUGUGCAAAAAAUUGGUGCUGUUUGUUCUUUUGCUACUAAUUGAUUCCAUGGGCAUUGGGUCACUAACAGAAGCAACAAGGAAAGAUAGAAGUGAGAUGGUGCUUUAGUUUAGGCUACAUGCUUCUUCUAUGGGUCAUUUUCUUCUUUGGCUUGGUCCUUGUAGGUGCGAGAAAAGCCAUAACGCACCUGCCUCAAUACUCAUUGCAUCGUGUCUCUAUUGUGGACCGAGGAUGAGGCAUGCUACCCUUGUUCCUUCUUUAGUAGCUACCAAAUAGAUGUACAUAGUUAAGGUCUAUAUCACACUUGCAUUAUUGCUUUGUCUGAUUGCUUUAAGGGGGCUGCUUUGUUCGAUAGUUUUGUGGUGUCAUUUGUCUGUUUUGAAAUUACUUUGUUCGGUAGUUAUUCAAAUAGUUUGUUAACUAUGUUGAAAUUUAACAAUUAAAUAAGAUAAAAGUUCUUGUGGCAUUA